AUGUCCGAUCUUCUUACACUCGAGUCUCAUCCUGCAUGGCAUCAGUUUCAAACCGUGUCGAAGGAUUUGAAGUUUUUCUUUGACCCCAAUCUAGACUACGAGAAUUGUCACACCUCUCGUGACAGGUUACGUGCAAUCAUGGCUCAUUUUGGAGUUGACCCAAAACAUCGACGAUCCAGUUACCCUAAGAGCAUGCUUGUCGAAUCAUUUAAAACUCACCUGCUACCUAUAAUAAAGCCUUUCAUCCAUGAACCAAAGGCAUCUGAGGCCGUAGCAAUUUCUGAGGAUAUUCCCAAGCUUGACCUCGCCGCCAAGUCCACAACCAAAGUCAAACUUCGCACCGAACUCAGGAAACACGUACCUUCUUUGAAAACUACUACUGCAAUGGAUAAAACCGAGCUCACAAAACUCUAUCGGUGGUAUAUCUUGAACGAAAGCGACAAUGCUACUGCAUCAGGCUCUACUCAAAGUCAGCCUAUACGAUUUGUUGACCAACCUGCAAAAUGGACACUCAAGGAGCUGUGUCAAGCGCGACUCGACAAUAUCCGCUUUGCGUUACAAUUCUACCGUCCAGAUGUAUUCAUCCCUCACAAGUGCUCUACCGUUGCGAUCCUCAACCGAGUUUACGAGAAGUUCAUAUUGAAUAUGCCUGUUCAGGCUGAUGUGAUUACUGAAGGGGUUCACUACUACGUUCGCAAAUUAGUUAAAUGA